UUGUCUGUUGGUGACUGAAGUUAUGGGAGCGCUUUGGGCCUUGAUUGUGUCUGUGCUGACGGUCUGGCUUACCAAAGGCUCUGGUUUGCUGCUUGGUGGCACAAAUGAAAUGAGUGGUAACGGGCCGCAGAGGACAAUGAGGGAUCUGUCUCCUAAUGACCCCUCCAUAAAGCAGGCACUUGCGCUUCACCAUUCACAUAACUCUGUGUUGCUGCGGUCAAAAGGCACCCUCGACGGCAGCAAUGAAACUUUGGGCGACGCGGGCACCCUCGGCGGCAGCAAUGGAACUUUGGGCGACGCGGGCACCCUCGGCGGCAGCAAUGGAACUUUGGGCGACGUGGGCACCCUCGGCGGCAGCAACGAAACUUUGGGCUACUUGACCACCACCGUGGCCGCAGCCACCCUCGGCCGCGGUGGCACCAUCAACGCGGGCACCCUCGGCCGCGGUGGCACCAUCAACGCGGGCACCCUCGGCCGCGGUGGCACCAUCAACGCGGGCACCCUCGGCCGCGGUGGCACCAUCAACGCGGGCACCCUCGGCCGCGCUGGCACCAUCAACGCGGGCACCCUCGGCCGCGCUGGCACCAUCAACGCGGGCACCCUCGGCCGCGCUGGCACCAUCAACGCGGGCACCCUCGGCCGCGCUGGCACCAUCAACGCGGGCACCCUCGGCGGCGCUGGCACCAUCAACGCGGGCACCCUCGGCUCUUAAGAUGUUUUUGCUUGUACCUACUUAAUCUCAGAUUCAAAUAAAACGGUUUCC